AUGAGUGACAUCAACAUCUUCAUUACAUCUGAUUUGACAUCAUCAGAAAGAAGAAUAUCCCCUCAAUGGACCCUAGACUAUUUCAAACAAAAACUAGAACUCAUCACUGGAGUUGAACCCAAAAAUCAACUACUUCAAUAUUUUCCCAACAAGUAUUCCAACGAAUUUAUUCAAUUGUCAACACCAACAACCUACUCCAAACAGCAAGAUCAAGAGACAAACUUGGAUCAAUUGGGGUUGAAAGAGUAUAGUCGUAUCCACGUGAUUGACAUGGAUCCCAAUUCAACCACAAACCAAAUCACAUCAACCAUAUCGCCAUCAUCAGUCACCGAUGGUGCCACCCCCGAUUAUUAUCAAAUGCCAGAAGAAGAGUAUCGUAAGCGAAACAAUACUGUUUUACAAUGGAAACAAGAACAAAAACUAGGUCGGUUCGAUCCGGAAUACGAGUUAUUGCAAAAACACAUUGCUGAAGAAAAUGCAGCGAAAUUGGCCACAAUCCACAUUAAUGAUCGAUGCCGAGUUAUCAACAUUGAAGGCGAAAGACGAGGGACGGUGCGGUUUGUGGGGACGAUCGAUCAUUUGGAUGGUGGGAAACAAGAUUGGGUGGGGAUUGAAUUUGAUGAACCCGUAGGUAAAAACAGUGGUGAUAUUGAUGGUGUACAAUUGUUUGUUUGUCGACCUAACCAUGGCAGUUUUGUCAAGCCGAAACAAGUUGAAGUUGGUGAUUUUCCUGAAUUGGACCCAUUUGCGGAAGAUGAUGAUUCUGACGAAGAGUUGUAA